UCUGUCUGUGCGAUCUCGUCACGCUGGCAACAGUGAUUAGAAAUAAACAAAAAAGUAGAAAAAAGCGAGAAUGGCUGCCGGUGGGCAAUCUUUGCCCGGUGUUUUUCAAGCACUUUUAGACCACUUACAGUUCAUUUAUGAAAAAUUUAAAGAAAACAAAGGGGAAACAGUGCCGCCUGGCUUCACUUUAGAAGAAUUCUGGACAAAAUUGAGCGAUGGAGGGAAGCUUUUGUCGCACGAAACAACGAAAACGAGCAUGGCCUUUUCGAAGCCGCCUUUACCGAACGUUAUGGAAGCCCAGGGCAUUGCAACGGCCCUGGACGCGGCCUGCAUGAAUUUGGCCACGGUGGCCGCAAGUUUGCCCGCCGAAAGGGGUGCCAUUCUCUUCUCAGAGGUUCAGAACGCAACCUUGGCUGUCUUCAAAGCCCUCGUGCCUGUGAUAUUAUCCAUCCGAGACAAAAUUGAGAAAGGAGCUGAAGAACGGCUUCCAAUGACAGGGUCUGUGUGGGAAGCUUGUGAGCAGUUAGGAUCUUUGCCAAAAAAUAACCUCCAGGCUGUCAACAAGCAGCUGCAGAAAGACGAACUCUUGGUCAUGGACGCCCUCCUCGAAGUUGAAGAAUGUCUGCAGGAGUUGCGGAGAGCGGGACACGGAGAGUGCCAGGACGCUGGAAUUCUGGACGCUGGAAUCGGCCUGGUGAAGACUGCAAGAGCCGUUGCCAGGCGAAUAGCCUUCACUGUCCGUUUUAAUGGAGACUGCAACUCGCCCGAACAUGUCACUCAGCUUGACCAAAUCGCCACCCAGAUGGCGAGAAUCAGCCCUGGGGUCGACGACUUCGUCACCACCCUUUAUCCACCUGUCGAUAAACAGGCAGCUUCGCAAACAGCCGGUGCCCUAUUUCAUUGUCUGCAGUCGAAUCUCCUGUUGAUCAGGUCCAGUCAUUGUGCAGGAGAGGGUGGCGAACUCGUUGCCCAGUGGGUGAAUUUCUUGCUUGGCGCUUCCAACCACAACGCAGGCAAAGUUUUGGCAUUUUGUGCAGGAAGUGCACCACCUCCCUCCAACCCUCCACCAACGUAGGAAAGAAACUUUAUAAAUAUGUAACAAACCCCUAUUUUGUUCAUGACCGAAACUACUCUAUAUAUAAAACUCAAGAUCUCCCCCUUCGAGUGAAGAAUUUUGUAAUGUUUGUACAAUGACUUGUACGUACAAAUCGAAUAAAAAUGCAUUUUAUUAUUUGAAAAUUUUAAAUUAUUC